AUGGUUGAAGCAGCUGGCUGGAGCACGAUUGAAUCAGACGAGGGUGUCUUCACCUCUCUGAUCGAGAACCUCGGCGUCAAAGAUGUUCAGUUCGAGGAACUGAUCUCGUUAGAUGCGGACACGAUUCGUUCGUUAAGCCCCGUCUACGGCGUCAUCUUCCUCUUCAAAUGGCUCCGCUCGCACCAACCCGAAUCAACCUCCGCCCCAGCAGACGGCACCUACGACCCCUCCGCACCGGACUCCCUCUUCUUCGCCGCGCAAACAAUCCAAAACGCCUGCGGCACGCAAGCCAUCCUCUCCAUCAUCCUAAACCAAGACACUCCCUCCUCCUCCUCCACCUCCACCUCCACCUCGCAAAGCAACACCCUCCCACCAAUCGACAUCGGCCCUGAACUCCGCUCCUUCAAAGACUUCACGACCGGCUUCCCCGCCGAGCUUCGCGGCGAGGCGCUCUCGAACUCAGAAACCGUGCGGACCGCACACAACGCAUUCUCCAAGGCCAGCCCGUUCGUCGACGAGGUCGCGCGCGGGCCCAACGACGGCGAAGGCGACGUGUACCAUUUCAUCGCGUAUACGCCCGUGAACGGAAAACUGUACGAGUUGGACGGAUUGCAGCCGCACCCGAUUAGCCACGGGGAGUGCACUGCGGCUCAGUUCCCCGAGAAGGUGAUUGAGGUGCUGCAGCGGCGUAUUGCGCGGUAUCCGGAGGGGGAGACGCGGUUUAAUUUGAUGGCUGUGACGCGGGAUCUGAGGAUCCGUGCGCGUGAGUUUGGGGAUCAGGAGAUGUUGGAGAGGGAGGAGCGGAAGAGACGGGAUUGGGCGUGGGAGAAUACGUUGAGACGGUCGAAUUUUGUGGGGUUCAUUGGGGAGAUGGUCAAGGGGGUGACUGCGAUGAAGGAGAGGGAGGGGAAGUUUGAGGAGUGGGUUGGUCAGGCGCAGGUGGAGACGCAGAGGAAGUUGAUGAGGAGGUCGUGA